UCCAAAGCCAUUGAUUUCAUAGAUUACUAUAUCAUCCACCAUUCGCUACUUUGAUUAAGUUUAACAAAUCACGCCAAUCAAAAGUAGCAAGAAGCCAUUAAGGAACUUAAGCGCUUUGCAGAAUAUAUGGGACCUCUCAAACAUUGUAGCAAUUUCAAAAGCAAAACCAUUCAAACACAAAACAUCUAAGAUAACACAACCUUUAGCUCAAUCCCCACCUCCUUUUGCAAAUUUCAAUGACAAACAAAUUGGCUCCACUAUCCCUCAAUCAAAAGCUUAUUUCCCUUUAACUUGCUUUAACCAAUCUCCUAGUUUAUUUAAACAAACAACCAUCUUCCUCUAUCCCCUUCAUUAUCUGUUUCAGCUGUUCUUCUUCUUGCUAUUUUGGCAGAUAUGCUGCCCCUUGCCCCUCCACCUGCAUCUCCAAUACCACCUUCACCACUACUACAAGCCCAAAAGCAAAACAAACCACUCUCUCUGAAUCAAAUCAUCAUAUCAAAAUAUGCUCGAAAUCAAGAUGCUCUGGUUCCUGCAGCAGCUAGUCAUGAGUCCAGAAAAUCAGAAAAACAACCGAUGCUCUGGCCACCUCAGAGUCAACGAACAAAUCCCCUUGUAUGGUGUUGUGCUAUAGUAUGUCUCAUAUUCAGCCUUAUUCUAAUCUUCUUUGGAAUUGCAACUUUGAUCAUCUUCCUUGUUGUAAGACCUAGAAUUCCAUUGUUUGAUAUCCCUAAUGCAAAGCUCAGCACCAUCUACUUCGACUCACCAGAGUAUUUCAAUGGUAACUUUGCUUUCCUGGCAAAUUUUUCCAACCCAAAUCGGAAAAUAGAUACAAGAUUUGAGUAUCUGCAGAUGGAACUAUACUUUUCUGAUAGGCUCAUAGCCACUCAGUCUCUUGACCAUUUCACUCUAAGACCUCAAGAAGGAAGGUUGGAAGCAGUUGAGUUGGUGUCUAGUUUGGUCUACUUGCCACAGAAUCAUGCUCUGGCGCUUCGAACCCAGGUGCAGAACAACAGGGUCGACUAUAAUAUAAGAGGAACAUUCAAAGUGAGAGCCAGUCUGGGAAUGAUCCACUUUUCUUACUGGUUGCAUAGCAGAUGCCAGCUACAGAUGACAGGUCCACCGACAGGUGCUUUAGUUGACCAAAGUUGCCGAACCAAAAGAUAGAUUGGUGAGGAGCAAUACUUGUACGAUCUUUUCUUUUUCCUUCUGUCUACAUUGAGAUCUAAAUGGAAUUCUUGGUGUAUAAGAGAGAAUGUAUAGUUUCUAUCGUAGAACAAAUUAGUUCUAUAUUCUGACAAUAUUGUUUAUGUUGAAAAACACAGGAGAAAAAUCAACGUAUCAUUGCAAUAGUACAUAAUAAAUGCGCUA